CCAAACCCAAAUCCCAUGACAAACCCAUUUCAUGAAACUCAAACAUAAGCUUCAACUCAACAAAUCAAACCCUCCCAUCAUUUCAUCUCCAUUUCUCCACCAUGCCAUCUCGCAAACUUAACCAAUUUCAUCCCUCCACGUCAGACAUUCCUGGCAGGUAUCAACCGCCACAAACACCACACUCUCCUCAUUCCCACCACCGCCACAAUCUCCUAACCCCUCUUAUCGCCGCCGCCGCUGCCGUCGCAUGCUCCCUUCUCCUCCUCCUCGCCUUCCUCUACCGACGCACGCUCACCCGAAAACGCACCACCCCAUUUCACUCCGACACCGACUCCUCCACUUCCGACCCUCCUCACCGCUUCUCAUACUCCCUCCUCCGCCGUGCCACGAACUCCUUCUCCGUCCGCCUCGGCAACGGCGGCUUCGGCACCGUCUACGCCGGAACGCUCCCGCCGCCGUCGCGCAAGCCAAUUGCAGUCAAGCUCAUGGACCUCUCCUCCGGCGAGCGCGAGUUUCACAACGAGCUCUUCUUCGCCUCCAGGCUCCGCUCCCCCCACGUCGUCGCCGCCGUGGGAUUCUCCUCCGACCCGAAACACCGCCGUUUCGUCCUCGUCUACGACCUCAUGCACAACGGGAACCUCCAAGACGCUCUACUGCGCCGCAAGUGCCCUGAGCUCAUGGAAUGGAAAAAGCGCUUCGCGGUUGCUCUGGAAAUAGCAAGAGGAAUUCACUACCUUCACUCUUGCGACACCCCAGUGAUUCACGGAGACAUUAAACCCAGUAACAUCUUGCUUGAUCGCGGUUUCUCGGCCAAAAUCGGCGAUUUUGGGCUUGCCCGGUUGAAAUCGGAGCCAUCCCAGAUUGAGCUAGAGGUUUUGAACGAUGAUAGCCACGAUGAGGAGAAGAAAAAGUUGAAGUUAGAGCCACCCCAGGUUGAGGUAGAGCUUUUUAUUGGUGAUAUUAACGAUGAAGAGAAGAAAAAGAAGGAGGAAUUGGAGUGUGAUGGUGGUGGGGUUGUGAUUGAUGAUUGUCAAUCGAUUGAGAGUGUGCAUACUAGUUUUUUUGAAGAGGGUAAUUUGGGUGUGGACCAAUCUGUUACUUCGCCGGAGACUAUUGUUGAGAUGACUGUGAUGAGUGGAAUGGGAAUGUCUCCGGUGGUGGCGGCUGAGUCGCCGGGAUUUGAUAAGGCUAGUGUGCAGAGUGAGAAGGAUGUUGUUGGGGAUGUUAAGAGGAAUGGGAAAGGGUUAAGGAGUAAUUCAGUGAAGGAUUGGUGGCGGAAACAGGACAAUGAGGUUGUGGGCUCGGGUUCGGGUUCAACGCCUGUUGGAGAAGGUAAGAAGGCGAAGGAUUAUGUGAUGGAGUGGCUUGGAAGGGAGGUUAACAGGGAAAAGCCAAAGAGUGAAUGGAUUGGAGGGAAGAUGGGGAAGGCAGAGGAGAAGAAGGGGAAGAAGAAGAGCAGGGAGCGCCAAUUGGAAUGGUGGGAAUCGAUGGACGAGGAAAAGGUUGAUGGAGUUGUGAAGAAGAAGAGAAGGCCAGUGAGGGAAUGGUGGAAGGAAGAGAGCUGUGAAGAGAUUGCAAAAAGGAAAAAGAAGAAGAAGAAGAAGAAGAAAAAGGGUGUAGAGAGUGAUGGUGAUGAUUGGUGGAUGAGUGAUGAUGCAUUAUAUGGGGAUAGAAAGAAGUACAAGAGUCGAAGCAAGAAUAACCGUGGUAGUGUGGAUUGGUGGUUAGAUGGAUUCAGUGGUGAGCUAUGGAAAGCGCGGAGGAAUAGCUUUGAUUCUGUUAGUGGAGAAAUUCCAAAGAGUGGUGGUGUGAGCAGUACACCAAGUAUGAGGGGAACUGUUUGUUAUGUUGCUCCUGAGUAUGGCUGUGGUGGAGAUGUCUCGGAGAAGUGUGAUGUGUAUAGCUUUGGGGUCUUGUUGCUUGUUCUCAUUUCCGGGAGGCGCCCCCUUCAGGUGACUGGUUCACCAAUGUCUGAGUUUCAAAGAGCAAAUCUUUUGUCAUGGGCGCGUCAUUGUGCCAGAAAUGGGAAGCUCAUGGAGCUGGUUGAUCAGUCUAUUCAGUCAUUGGACAAAGAGCAGGCUCUUCUCUGCAUUAAGGUUGCUUUGCUUUGUUUGCUUAAGUCACCUGUUCGUCGUCCUUCAAUGAAGGAUGUUGUGGGAAUGCUUAGUGGGGAUUUGGAGCCUCCCCAAUUGCCGGUUGAAUACUCACCUUCAACCCCUUCCCGCUUCCCUUUCAAGUCCAGGAAAAAAGGCCGGUGAGUUGCUACUACAACACAACAUUUUCAUUAGCAGUUACAGUUAUAUACUCACAACGGUAGUUUACUGAUGACAGAUAAUUGUGUAGGGAAUUAGGAGUGAAAUGAAAAUUGAUGUUUUCUUUUUCUUUUUUAUUGUUUUUGUUACCAUUUUGGUCCUAGUCCUUUCAUUUUUCCUUGUGUUGAUACCAUUAUUGCCUACAGGCUGGAGUUUGAUAUGUGUACAUAGACUUGCUUCAAAUAAUUUAUCAUACUGACUUAUAGGCAUGGCUUGACUGAUGUUUCUAUUUUGGAAAUUAUGGCCCAUGAUUUAGUGGUGUUUAUUGAGGCCAUCUUUGUAGUUUUCAUUCUCUUACUUUUGGAAAUGAAGUAACCACAUACCAUUUAUUUA